AUGACCACCCUCUCCACGCUCGCCGCCCCUCACCCUCUUCUCUCUCACCGACAGCCACCCUCCGUUUUCCUCACCACCAAAACUAACAAGAUCUCCUCUCCGCCUCAUCACUUCUCCAAAUUCCGAUGCUCCCUCGCCAAACAGUCCACCGUUUCUCCGGCAGGCGUCGCCGCCGACGGCGCGAUCUCCUCCGUUGACUGCGUAGUCGUCGGAGGCGGAAUCAGCGGACUCUGCAUCGCUCAGGCGCUGGCCACCAAGCACAACGACGCCGUUCCGAAUGUGAUAGUGACGGAGGCAAGAGACCGAGUCGGAGGCAACAUCAUCACCGUAGAGAGAGACGGUUAUCUCUGGGAAGAAGGUCCUAAUAGUUUUCAGCCGUCCGAUUCCAUGCUCACCAUGCUGGUGGAUAGUGGUUUGAAGGAUGAUCUGGUUCUCGGUGAUCCGAAUGCACCUCGGUUCGUGUUGUGGGAUGGCAAGUUGAGGCCUGUACCUUCUAGCCCGGGUGACAUAGCUUUCUUUGACUUGAUGAGCAUUGGCGGUAAACUCAGGGCUGCAUUUGGUGCUCUUGGAAUUCGUCCUUCCCCUCCUCCUCCAGGUCAGGAGGAAUCCGUUGAGGAGUUCGUCCGUCGUAAUCUUGGAGAUGAGGUUUUCGAACGCCUGAUUGAGCCUUUUUGUUCAGGUGUUUAUGCGGGCGAUCCUUCAAAGUUAAGUAUGAAAGCAGCAUUUGGCAAAGUGUGGAACCUUGAGCAAAAUGGGGGUAGCAUCAUUGGUGGAGCUUUUAAAGCAAUCCAGGAGAGAAGUCGUGCUCCAAAGACCCCUCGAGAUCCGCGUCUACCAAAACCAAAGGGCCAAACAGUUGGAUCUCUUAGGAAGGGACUUUCCAUGUUUCCAGAAGCACUCUCUUCAAGGUUGGGUGACAGAGUGAAGUUAUCCUGGAAGCUUUCAGGUAUCAGUAAGUUGGACCAAGGAGGGUACACUCUGACAUAUGAGACUCCAGAAGGGUUGGUCUCAGUACUGAGUAAAAGUGUUGUUAUGACCAUUCCGUCUUAUGUAGCAAGCAGUCUAUUGCGUCCUCUUUCAGCUGCUGCAGCAGAUGCUUUAUCAAAAUUUUACUACCCACCGGUUGCAGCUGUGUCUAUUUCAUAUCCAAAAGAAGCAAUCCGGACGGAAUGCCUAAUAGAUGGUCAAUUAAAGGGAUUUGGUCAACUUCAUCCUCGUAGCCAAGGGCUGAAAACAUUAGGAACUAUAUACAGCUCAUCACUCUUUCCAAAUCGAGCACCAGCUGGAAGGGUACUACUCUUGAACUAUAUUGGAGGGGCCACCAAUCCCGGAAUUUUGUCUCAGACAGAGAGUGAACUUGUCGAAACAGUUCACCAGGAUUUGAAAAAAGUCCUAAUAAAGCCUAAUGCUAAGGAUCCACUUGUAUUGGCUGUUAGAGUAUGGCCACAAGCGAUUCCGCAGUUCUUGGUUGGUCAUUUUGAUGUCCUAGAUGCUGCAAAUGCUGCUCUCAGGGAUGCUGAGACGCAAGGGUUGUUUCUUGGUGGGAACUAUGUCUCCGGAGUAGCCUUGGGCCGGUGUGUUGAGGGUGCUUAUGAUAUUGCGGCUGAUGUGGCCAAAUUUCUAUCACAAUAUGCUUACAAAUAGUAAUCUUGAAUCCUAUAGGAUGUAAUGCUAGAGGAAGUGGAUUUUCGGAUGUUCCUAUUGGAAGUGUUGGGCAGCGCAGCCUAGACUAGCCGCUCAUCAGCAUAGAGUCCUGCCUAGGUAUUCUGUUUGUCUUGGUAUAAACUUAUUUAUACUUCAAAUUACCUUGGAGCUGUGGCAUCAAUAAUUGCUUCAGUGAAUUUUGAAUCGCUCAUCCCAUGUUUAGUGCUGAAAGCUUCAUUAUGUAGAUGUAAUUUAUUCAGAGUGAAUGAAAA